AUGGUGACCACCUUCAACACCCUUCCUCGGCAGGACGUCCACGCGCUCAACUCGGACUCCGAUGGCGAUUCCGGACCACGGCCAGAGCGGACGCAUGUCGCGGGCCCGUACCAGCUGCGUUACCUCGACGUCAACCCCUGCCCCGCGCCCGCGCCCGUAUGCGCCUGGAUGCUCACGCCUCAGCCCCCGAGUCACCCGCUCCCGCGCAACACGUACCGCUGCACCGCCGCUCCUCGUCCACGACGUCCUGCCAAGCCGCCCGCACAGCCCGUUCCAGCCCGUUCCACCAACCCCGAAGGCCGCCUAGUCCACCCCGGGCCCGAAGUUCCUGAUACGUACACCAACCCCGCCCACGAGCCCGAUUCCCAAACGUCGGAAUGCGUUGCAGGGGACCUCCUCUCAAUUGCUGUUUUCGCCGGCGACGUUGGUGGGGAACACGCAAAGCUGCUGGACGCAUUCGCCGACGAAAUCCCCCCCACGUCCACGGCGGCCUCGACCGACUCGCGGUACUCGCACUUUGCCUGGGCGACCUCCCCCGUGACGAGGGCAUCGCUCUUCAUCGUCAACCCCAAGGGCAUCAUCAGGCCAAUCGCCCUCAACGACCUCGCCUUCACGGACGAGCACGGCGAGAUGUGCCCUGCGAACUGUAGCGAGGGCGCGAAGACGAUAAAGCCAGAUCCCGGCUCGCUCAAGUACUUUGCGAGCGUCGAGAACGGGAAUGGGAGCAAGAAGAGCGACCGCACUGACUGA